AUGCCGAGCCAAUCCCGGGGGCGGCACGUCGCUUCGCCGUCCGGCGCGGACGCGCAGUGGGACGCGCACUGGGAUCCGCCGGCGUUCCGCCGCUGGCUGCUGGGCUUCGCGGCGGUGCGCUUCGACCUCGAGCAGGGUCAGCUCGUCGAGGCGCUCUUCCCCGCGGGCGCGCUCAGCGCGGAGGAGGAGACUGACGUGGCGUUCUCGUCGUUCCCCGACUCCAUGUCCGCCGUGCACUCGCGCGCCUCGCUCUACGACUGCCUCUUCUUCUUCCGCAUCCGCCGCCGCGGCGUUCCGCCUGCCCUCGCCGCCACGAGCGGUGGGGUUGAUAACGGGGCGGGCAGCAGCGGCGACGGCACGGGGGAGGGGGCUGGGCGGAGUGUGCUCGCCGCGCAAUCUCCGCUGCUGCAGCAGCAGCACGUGCACACUAGUGUCGGUCUGGGGGCAGCAGGGGGAGCAGCCACGCGGGCGACGAGUCGGGCAGAGCGGUCCGCCGCGUCCGCGCGGAGGCAGUCCGCCAGCCCGCCGCGGUGGGACCCGGGAACCAAUCGCGCGACAACACCUGGCACGACCCCGCGGCGAGGCAUUAGCGUGGGGCACGGCGGGGGGCCGGCGGGGGCGAUGGCGGAGAGCAUCAGCGCGCCCGCGUCGACUCUCACCAGCCCCACGGGGCUCGUCGCCGCCGCCGCCUCGCCCUUCGCGCGGCUCGACAGAUGCGCCACGGAGCCGCUCGCGGGCGGCGAGGGGGGAGACGAGGCGGAGGUACAGUGGCGCGCGCAGGCGGGGGCUGGCGCGCUGAGACACUCCGCCAGCGCGCGGGGGAGCGCGGGGCAGCGGGAGGAGGAAGCGGCGGUGGGCAGAUCCGCGUCCAUGGGGGCGGGGAGGCGCGCGAUGCCCGCGCACAGCCAAGACGAGGACGACCGAGGGGGGAACGGCGGGUCUGGGGGCGGAGCAGCAGCAGCAGGGGGGGCGGGGAGGGGCGGGGCGCGAUACCUGUACGGGUUUGUGUUCAACCGGCAGCGGCACGACGAGAGGCUGCCACGAGGCGGCGAGCAGAAGUCGGUGGUGGUGCUCUCCGAGCGCCCCUUCUCCGCCGCCUUCCGCCGCCUCGCCCAGGUCGUCGGCCCGCUCUACUUCGACCGCGGACCAAUCGCGUUCGUCCAGGUGGCCGCGUGGGUCUCCCUGUGGCCUGCGCCGUACCAGCCGAGCGUGGUGGGCGGCGGGGGAGUGGGCGGGGCGGCGGGCGGCGUGAUGGAGCUGCCGGUGGGGCCGCGCACGUCCCUGCGCGUGCAGCUGCCGCCCGCCCACACACUGCCGCCCGCGUCGCACUCGGCGCUGGACGACUUCACGGCCGCCAUGGCGCCCGCCCCCCUCUCCACCUCCGCGCCCCAGCCAAUGUUUUCAACACUGCACCUCCACUUACCCCUCACUCCAUACACCGUUUUCCUUUCACCUCCCAAUCACCCCUCCAUCCAUUCACUCACCUUCCCCAUGCGGCCCCCUUCCCCCUCCCCUCUCAUCUGCAGUCCCAAGAAGGGUGACGUGUUAGGCUCAUCCCACCCCUGCAUGCAUCCGCCCCAUGCCACAACCCCGCAGGGCAUAUUCCACGACGCGGACGUGUUUGGCAUCCUGCGCGGGGUGGCGGCGCAGCUGUGGGUGCUGUGGGAGCUGCUGCUGCUGGGCGAGCCGCUGCUCGUCAUCGCCCCCACGCCCGCACAGUGCUCCGAGGCCGUCGCCGCCCUCGUCGGGCUCAUCGCGCCCCUGCCCUGCUCGCAGGACUUCCGCCCCUACUUCACCAUCCACGACCCCGACUUCCCCGCGCUCAACGCGCUGAGGGACGGCGACGCGCUGCCCGCCGUGGUGCUGGGGGUGACGAACCUCUUCUUUCUGAAAGCGCUCAAGCACCUGCCGCAUGUGCUGUCCGUGGGGCGCCCGCCGCACGGCGGGCAGGGCGUGGCGGGGGCGGCGCGGUACGGGGCGGGGGCGGGCGGCAGCUUGCAGCCGAACGGGCAGGUGGCGGUGAGGGAGAGCGCGGGGCGGCUGCCACAUCAGCAGCAGUCGCCGCUGCGACGCCUGGCCACUGGCGGGCUGCUGAGACAGGGGUGCUCGAGUGGCGCGGCAGCAGCAGCCCCUGCUGCCGUGCCUAGCAGCGGUGCAUUCAACCCCCACCCAUUGCCCACCCAUUGCCCACCCAUUGCCCACCCAUUGCCCACCCAUUGCCCACCCAUUGCCCACCCAUUGCCCACCCAUUGCCCACCCAUUGCCGUGUGUGUGCUCUCAGGCUGUGGACGAUGCAAGGUUGAGUCCAGUCAAUGCUGUCUUACACCACUCCUUUCCCUCCCCUCCUCUCCUUACUCCCACCCUCGUCCAUCCCCAUCCAAUUCCAUCCAUCUGCACCCACGCCUAUCCACGCCCCACCCCUCUGUGUGUCCUGGCAGCAUGCUGGCGGCGGGCAGCAAGGGCUUGGCGCGCAUGAGGGGGGAGGGGCCGCUGUCACUCAUGGGGGAGCACAGGGAGGCGCUGUGGACCAAUCACGUGCCGGCAGUCAAGCCCGACACCGCCGUGCUCAACCGCCUUCUAGACGCCUCCACUGCUCUGCACCCCUCCGCCUCCCACCGCACUCACCGUUCCGGCUCCUCCGCCACCAAUGCUGCUGAUGCUGCUGCCUCCCCUGCUGACGCCACCUCUCUCGCCUCUGCUGCUGCAGCUGCUGCAGGGGUGGCAGCAGGAGGAGGGAAAGGCGGCCGCCCUGCAUCGGCGUCUGCCCCCCCAUCCGCCGCGGCGUCUCUCUUCAGCCUGCCGGGCGCCGUGGCGGGCUCGCUGCUGGCGGGCGUCACAGGCAUGCCAGGGCUGGACGAUGCGGCAGAGGGCAGCACAGGGGGAGGGGGAGGCGGGGUGGGGGGGCGGGGGGCGGGGGUGAGCGGGGAGACGGUGGCGAUGGUGAACAACGAGGUGCUGCGGCGGCACUUCAUCGAGCUCACCACCAACUUCCUCGCCCCCUUCGGCCCCUUCCUCCGCGCCGCCGCCCCGCCGCCCGACGCCUCGCCCUACUGCGACCCGCCGCCGCUGCCGCCCUUCGACGCCGCGGAGUUUCUCGGGCAGCUUGCCGCCCGCGGCCCGGGGAAGUUUCUCGCGAAGCGGCUGCAGGCGGGCAGGUGGCUGGAGGUGUACAGAAGGUUCCUGGAAGGGCCGAACUUCAUGCCGUGGUUUCAGCGGCGGCGCGCCGUGGCGGAGGCGGAGCAGCACCGGCUGUGGCGGGCGGCGCGGCUAAGGGCGGACGUGAGGAAGGCGGUGGGGGGCAUGGGCGAGGCAGACCUGGUGGAGGCGUUCCUGUGCGUUGAGAGGCACAUGGCGGUGGAGAGCAAGGUGAGGCACAUGGCGGUGGAGAGCAAGGUGAGGCACAUGGCGGUGGAGAGCAAGGCGUGGCGGAGGGCGGGCGAGUCCCCUGCAGUGGGCAAGCUGAGGGGCGACCUGCGCGUGCUCUGGGCGCACAUGCCGCCCGCCACGCAGCGCCUGCUGCUCCUCUCCCCCGCCCACGCCGCCUCUCUCCAGCUGCCGCCCUCCUCCGCCCCUGAGGAUGCUGUGCGGGGCUCGUCGGCGGUUUCUGGGAGUGGUGAGUCAGGAGACGCUCGGUGGGGGCAGCGGGCGAGAGAGGGCACGGGGAGUGGCAGGGAAGGGGGUAGUGGAGCAGCAGCGGCACAAGGAGCAGCGGCAGCGGCAGUGGGGAGGGGAGGCGGGUGGGCUGGUUGGUUGUUUGGGAGGAGGACCGUGGAGAGCUCGGGGAGUGGGAGUGGUGCAGGGGAGAGGCGGGUGACAGCAGGCAGUGAUGGGGGGCGGAGAGAGGAGGCAGCAGAGGAAGCAGGGGCAGCAGAGGCAGGGCGGGGAGGAUCAGUUGGGGCUGCUGCCACAGCUGCGGCUCCUGGUUCCGCUUCUGCAGGCUUGGACCACAACGCCAGCUCAGGUGAUCUGUCAGGUGAUUCUUCAGGUGGUGUGGGCGGCAGCGGGGGGCAGAGUGGGACGGUGGAGAUGGUGGAGGCAGCGCAGCACCUCUCAGCGCUCGUGGCCAAUCUCAGCCUGCCACCUGUCAUCGCCCUCAACGGCGAAUCACACCCCUCAUCCAACCCUGGCAAAGCCUGGUCUGAAGCUUCCAGCCCUCCCCGAGGCUCCUCUGCAGGCUUGGGCCGAACGUCAAGCGGCGCUUCUCCACGAACGGCCGGAAUUGGGUGGGGAACGGACAUGUGGGACGGCAGCAGCGUUGGCUUGACGAGCAGCAGCGCGCGGAGCAGCACGCCUGCCCACCCCGCCUCCACCACCCCCAGCAGCACCACCAGCACGGGCAUGGGCAGCGCAGCACACGUGGCGGGUGCACGGUUCGCCGUGUCCCCCGUGGUGCCGUUUGGGCGGCGCCCCGGGCUGUCAGUGGGGCGCACGCCGCCACGCCUGUCGUCCUCUGCCCCCGGCACGCCCCUCCACCUGCACCCGGGAGGCACCUUCCUGCACGCCCGCCCCGUCCCCGCACACUCCGCCGCGCCGCACCCAAGGGGGAGGUACACAGGCGGGGGUGGCGCAGGGGCGUUAGGCGGCGAGCGGUUGAGUGCGUGUGCGAGCGCAAGGGAGGAAGCGGGGAGCGGAGGGGUGGGGGGCAUGGAGGGCGGGGGGGCCAUGGAGGGCGGGGGGGUGAGGGUGGGGCGCACGGCCACGGAGCCGCCACGAGAAGCGCGCGGCGCCAUGUCGUUUAUGCGCGGCGAUCUGCUGCAGAAGGCGCGGCUGCUGAUGCGCGGCGGCGUGGUCGACCCGCCCAAGUGGCUCGACGCGCUCUCCAAGUGCGUGGGGAGGGGGGGCGGGGGGAUGGGAUGUUGGCGGAGAGGGGGAUGGGGAGGGGAGUGGGGGAAGGAGGGGUGGGGGAAUGGGGGGAAGGGAAUUGAGGUGGGGGGACUGGGAGGGGCGGAGCAAGAGGGCGAGUUGCGGGUCCGUCACCGUCUGGGGACACGGGGAGGACGCUCAGUAGCCAGGCGAGCCGCGCUCGCCGGAGGAAUGAUGAGCUGCCAGCGCGCUAGCCGCCGCGGCCGUGAUGUGCCGCGAGUGCCUCCACAGCCCAAGGCGCGGCGCUGCCCCAAGGCGCGGAGGAUAGAGUUCCCAGAGGACCCUCUAGUGGAGUCGUAUUACGCAAGACACCCUGAGGCCAAGCUGCAGGCAUACCGGCUGCAGGGCUUCGACCCGCCAGUGGCUCGGCGGUUCGCGUGGCGGCAGCUGGAGCUGAUGCAGCAGCAGGGACUGACCAAACGACAGGCCAGGGAUGCUGUGGAGGCGGAGUUCACACGGGCGGAGCAGGAGGAGGAGGAGCGGGCGGUGCAGGAGUGGCGCCGGGCCAUUCGGGAGGGGCGCCAGCCGGCAGCAGUGCGGUGCAGUGCGGUGGAGGAGGUGCAGCAGGAGGAGCGCGCUCACAUGCUAGCAGGCCUUGAAGCCAUGGGGGCUCAGCUCGAGGCUGCUGCUGCCGAAGCUGAGGCGGAGGCUCGGGCUGCGCAGAGAAGCGUUGGGAGAUAG